AGAGCAAAGAAAACAAACCUGUUUAGCUGGCUGCAACUCAGGAAACCCAUCAAAGGGUGCACCAAGAAGAGAGAGAAAGAGAGAGAGAGAGAGAGAGAGAGCAACAGUGACACCAAGAAAUGACAAAGAAGAAAAGGAGCAGCAAUGUCUGUCAAUGCCAAAUAACAGACAACAUGUUUCCGCUGUGCUGUGAGUAGAUGUCUCGGCUCUGUUGACCCUGACAAUGUUGGACUGCUGUGCUGUCGAGGUGAGCAUAUCUAUAUUGGAGUGACAAGAAGAACGGACAGGAGUGGCUGGUUUGGGAGGAAAUGCUUAGCUUUGAGUGCAUUUUUAGAGAUGCCGUAAUUGAAAUGCAAUGUAAUUCUGUUGGAUUAUUGCUGUAUGGAUGCUGUUUGAGGUGGCUGAGAUGUACGCUUUUCAGAUGAAGCUGGGAACUCACAAAAAUAAUUUUAAGGACAACACACACACACACAAAACACUUGAGCCAGUAUGAAUAGCUCCUCCUUUUUCUGCUCAAAACAUUCACGCAUUCAAAAACUGAGCUCUCAUAUCUCUUCAAAACAGUAGGGGCAUUAUUAUUUAUCACCACGCCCCCCCACACACACACAGACAGAUAUUUAAGGUUGUUUUUAGAUCACAUUCACGCACACAACAGCGACGUUAUGGCAGCAGCAGAUUCAGGAACCUCCCAGCCCACUACUAGUGGAGAUCGGCGGCUGGUGGACAAGGCCCUCAAAAGACUGGAUAAGCUCCACGAGCUGUGCAGUAACCCCCGGCUGGGCCUGAGGAACAGUCCACCAUACCUGCCAGAGCUGGUAUCUGAGACAACAACGUUGCUUAUCCAGGUUUGGGAGCCCUACAGAAGUUACAGGACGACGGGCAGCCAGGGGCCCCGAGGAGAUGAGGCCAAGUACCUAAGGGUCCAUGUCAGAAACCUGCUGGAUAAGACGGACAGGGCCCUGUUGCUGUUUAAAGAGGGACGGGAGAAAAUAUUUGAGGAGACAUCCAGCUACAGGAGGAACUUGACCAAACUGUCCUUGCUGUUCAGUCACAUUCUCUGGGAGCUGAAGGCCUUGUUUCCAGCAGGAAGUUUUCGUGGUGACACCUACAGGGUGUCCAAGACAGAGGCUGAGGAGUUUUGGAGGCAUUCAUUUGGCAAGAAGUGUAUCGUGCAGUGGAAUACUUUUAAAGAGCAGCUGCAGAGUGUACAUUCAUUUGAGGAAGGGAUGGAGUCCAUGGCUCUGAAGUCAACUAUAGAUCUCACCUGUAAUGACCACAUCUCUGUGUUUGAGUUUGACAUCUUCACUAGACUGUUUCAGCCCUGGAAAUCACUCAUAAGGAAUUGGAACCAGCUAGCAGUAUCUCAUCCAGGCUACAUGGCCUUCCUCACCUAUGACCAGGUUGUAGCUCGUCUGGAACACUACCUGCACAGACCUGGGAGCUAUAUCUUCCGUCUGAGCUGCACGAGAAUGGGCCAGUGGGCUAUUGGCCAUGUGACCGUUGAAGGCAACAUCGUUCAGACCAUCCCCGAGAACACACCUCUCUACCAGGCACUCAUUCAGGGCUUCAAGGAAGGCUGCUACCUGUACCCAGAUGGCCGUGAUGUGAACCCUGAUCUGACGAGCUUGUGUGAACCGGCCCAGAGGGGCAAAGUCAAAGUUACAGAAGAGCAGUAUGAGCUCUACUGUGAGAUUGGCAGCACUUUCCAGCUAUGCAAGAUCUGUGCAGAGAGGGAUAAGGAUACCCGUAUUCAGCCUUGUGGGCAUCUCCUGUGCCAACUCUGCCUCACAGGCUGGCAGCAGAAGUCGGCUGGCCACACCUGCCCAUACUGUCGCUGCGACAUCAGAGGAACAGAAACGAUCCUCGUCGAACCCUACCUGCCAGGCAUGGGUCAGUGGGAGGAGGAGGAGGGCGAUGAUGACGCAGAGGAGGAAACCCAUGAGGACAUUGAGCUCAUAGUAAAGGAAAUGGCGGCCCUGAGGAAGUUCUCAAGUUUGGAUUACCAGGUUCCCAGCGCCCACCACCCCGCUCCACCUCUGCCCCCUAAAAACAGCACUGCCCCAUUCAGUCCACCGCCCACCAGCCAAUCCCAGACAUCAGACACGAAGACGCCGGCCAAACACUCACACUCCCGUGCGCAGGCUCACAGCAGUAAUGAAGCACGCAGAAGACACAAACAACACACAAACAGGAGUCAUGAAGAGGAGUCACGUAGCAGUGAGGAUGAGAGGAGUGGUGUGUCGAGACAGCCUCACUCGAUCUCCCACAGUGCUGAAUUUCUCACAGAAGCAACGUCGUCUUCCUCAUCUCACAAAGUCGACCCCAGUGGAGCGGCAUGGUUUGGACCCUCCAGCCCAGUAAGACAAAGACAAAAAGAGAGGAAGGACAGGCAAGCAGGGCUCAGAAAAGACAUGAGUGGCCUGGGAGGGGUGACAAGAACGAUGUCCUCCUGACAGAAAAGCAGCCUAAAGACAGUCUAAAGACUUUUUAAAUAAACUGACAAUACAUGCUGACUAAAAUAUCUUAAAUCCAGAACAGCCUUCCAUGAAUGUAAAAAUAAUUGUGGGUGUCAUGUUUAAUUGUAAACGACCAUCUGUCUGCGGCACUGCUGAGUGGGUGACAGGAAAAUGACUCAGUGAGGCCUCCUACUGUUCAAUAAUCACACUGCCAUUAUUUCCACAGCAGGUUCAUUACUGAUCCCUAAAUAUAAUCUCACUGUCUUCUUUGUAAUUAAAGUAUUUUCAGAGACUUUGUGAAAUAAUAGAAAUGAAUCAAAGAUUUGAUAUUUGAAAAUGCAAUUAUAUGGACGAAUGAAGGGGGGCAGUCACAUUAAUUCUAUGAAAUAAUAGAACUAUGCUACCUCAUCAUUUAACCCACAAGUCUGUUCUUAUAAAUAAGUUAUGCCAGUAAAUAGAGGCUUUUAUGUAACUCCAGCAAACUUUAAAGUAUUUAAUAAUGCUAAAAUCAAACAAAUAAAACCUGUAAAUGACACAAGUUUGUUUUGUUUUUUCUCCCAUUAUGGACAUGAAAAUAUGAACAGACAAAUGAAAAGUGAAUAUGUACUAAGUAUAUUUUAUUUUCUACAUUCUGGCACACGUGUGUUGAGUCUGGAUAUAUGAAGGAAGGGAGAUUUCAAAGGAGACAAGGCACCAAAGAAAGAUUGGGUCGUAAAA